GCGGCCCCAACGCGCGCACUCUGGUGUGGAGGGCAUCCCGGCGCCAGAAAGCGGAGGCUGCGAGGCCGCGCGAGUGGGAACCGGUGUAGGGGCUUCGGAACGGAAACGCGGCGGCAGCGCCCCUACUAGGUCCUUCAGGCCCGGAGCGCGGCCCCGGGCUAGGGCAAGCGCACCUGCCGAGCAUUCCGCAGCGGAGCCCCCCGCCCAGUUGGUUUGGGAAGCCUCAGGAGGAAGAGGAAGUGACCCUCCUUCCUGUUGUCCACCAUGCUGGCCGCCCGCCUCUCCAGACCCCUGUCACAGCUCCUGGGAAAACCCUUGAGUGUCCACGACAGGCAAAGUGGAGCAAGGCACCUGCUCUUGUUCUGCUCUGCUUCCUUUCCUACCAUUGGCCACCGGACAUAUGCCAGCAAUGUGGACUCGGCUGGCAGCAAAGCUGUCCUGGUCACAGGCUGUGACUCUGGAUUCGGCUUCUCCUUGGCCAAGCACCUGCACUCAAAAGGUUUCCUGGUGUUCGCAGGCUGCUUGUUAAAGGACAAGGGGGAUGCUGGGGCCAAGGAGCUGGACAGCUUGAACAGCGAGCGGCUCAGAACCAUCCAGCUCAAUGUCUGCAAUGGUGAGGAGGUGGAGAAAGCUGUGGAGGCUGUCCGCUCGAGCCUGAAGGACCCUGAGAAAGGCAUGUGGGGCCUGGUGAACAACGCUGGCAUCUCCACGUUCGGUGAGGUGGAGUUCACCAGCAUGGAGACCUACAAAGAGGUGGCAGAAGUGAACCUGUGGGGCACGGUGCGCAUGACCAAGUCCUUCCUCCCACUCAUCCGGAGGGCCAAAGGCCGCGUGGUCAACAUCAGCAGCAUGCUGGGCCGCAUGGCCAACCCGGCCCGCUCCCCGUACUGCAUCACCAAAUUCGGAGUGGAGGCAUUCUCCGAUUGCCUGCGCUACGAGAUGCACCCACUGGGUGUGAAGGUCAGCGUGGUGGAGCCCGGCAACUUCAUCGCGGCCACCAGCCUGUACAGCUCCGAGCGCAUCCAGGCCAUCGCCAGGAAGAUGUGGGACGAGCUGCCUGAGGUGGUGCGCCAGGACUACGGCAAGAAGUACUUUGAGGAGAAGAUCGCCAAGAUGGAGACCUACUGCAACAGCGGCUCCACGGACACGACCCCGGUGAUCGACGCCGUCACGCAUGCGCUGACCGCCGCCACUCCGUACACCCGCUACCACCCCAUGGACUACUACUGGUGGCUGCGGAUGCAGAUCGUGACCCACCUGCCCGGAGCCAUCUCCGACAUGAUCUACAUACACUGAAGACUGCACCGAGGCCUUGGCUGGGGAGCCUGGCUGGGA